AUGGCCCUCCGCGCUGAGAGGAGAAGGCAGACUGGAGACGGAGGCAGACGGACUGUAUGGAACCCCAACCACACCGAUCUUCCACAAGAAGAAAUACGAAUAGUGCUGAUUGGGAAGACUGGGAAUGGGAAGAGUGCAACGGGAAAUUCUAUCCUGAAUCGAAAGGCUUUUGCGUCGUUCCUCUCUCCACAGUCCGUGACGUCGGAGUGCGAGAAGGCCAGAGGAUGGCUGAACGGACGCAGGGUCGCAGUCAUCGACACACCCGGAAUCUAUGAUACGAAGUACACAGAACAGGAUGUGGUCAGAAAGCUGAAAGAAUGCAUCUCCUACUCCGCUCCCGGUCCCCACGCGUUCCUGAUUGUGAUCAACUUGGGCCGAUUCACAUUGGAAGAACAGCAAACGGUUGAACUCCUGCAGCAGGUCUUCGGUGAUAAAGCUGCAGAAAACUCCUUGGUUCUGUUCACUCACGGCGACCAGCUGGGAGACACAACAAUUGAAGACUUUUUCAGAAAAAGUCAACCGCUUUGCGAUUUGAUCGCGAAAUGUAACUGGCGGUAUCAUGUCUUCAAUAACACAGCUCCGAACGACCAACAGGCGAUGCAGCUGCUUGAAAAGAUAGAAUGUAUGGUACGCGAUAAUGGAGGAACAUUUUACACAAAUGAAAUGUUCCAGGAGGCCGAGCGAGCGAUCCAGGAAAAAGAAGAGCAGAUCAUGAAGGCUUGUGCAGCAGAGAAACUCAAACAAGAGGAGAAACUACGGGCAGAAUUUGAAGGAGAAAUGUUGCAGGAUAAGCUAAAGUCUUUACAUGAGCAGUAUAAAACACAAUCAAGAGAAAAAGCGGAGAAGAAAAAUAAAUUCAUUAAAUCCGGGUGGAUUAUAACAGGGACUGAAGCAGGUGUGGCCAUAGGGUUGGCUGCAGGGAUCGUCGGUGGUCCACUUUGCAUAGUAGCCGGAGGAGUGGUGGGUGGUGCUGUCGGGGGUGCCGUGGGACUCUUAGUACCAGGAGCAGUAAAAUAUCUUAAAAAAAAAUGCACCGUACAGUAAGACGGCACUGACAUGUGGCCUGUGCUGAAGAUGACACUGAGCAGAGCGACACACUACCUGCUUUUUAAAAGUAAAUAAUAGUAACCGAGUGCCUGCACAUCUUAAGUUUACUUUGAAUUCGGAUACAGGCUUUAAGCUCCAAUAAUCAAUUAUUUUUCAUUUUUUAUUAACAGAAAAUAAAUGAUUUCAAGGGUUCAAAAGGGUUCAAAGUGAUAAACGUAUGAAAUAAUUAUUACCCGCAUCAGCAGUUCCCAUUUUAGCAUUGAUGUUUUGAUCUUACAGCCUACAUAUUAAUCGUACUAAUAUUGCUUAUGUGAGGGGUCGAGCUCCCCCUCCCUCUACCUGUUUGGCCACACCCCUCUAAUGAGCGAUUCCCAACAGGUGAGGCCAGAUUACUUCCUGGUUCUCUCUAAAUGUAGGCUUUGCCCCAGGUUUUCCCAGCUCAAGGUGCAGGACUAAGCGCUAAAGGGGACUAGGGACUAGAGCUCCCACCCCAUAUGCGCAGCACUCGCCAUGUGUGCCUGUAUAGUGUGUAAUCUCCAGGUAUGUCUGUUUUUGAAGUAGAGCGGGUUUUUUUUUUGGUUUUGUUUAAAUAUGCUCCAUAGCGGUGCCGUGAUGUUCAGUGGAAUUUUACACAUUGUGUAUGACGUGCUUCUUUUUUUUUUGUGACAGUAAUGGGGAAGUGAUGUCUGCAUUUAAUGCCAGCUGAGCUCUAGCCACUGCUGUUUUUGCCCCCUUUUUGCAAAUAUAUUUUGUAUUUAUGGUUACCUUGUUUAUGCUAGUAUUUUGAUUAUGAAUUGUUAGUAAAUUUGUUUCCUUCCUAGACAAGUUGGUGUUUUAUUUAAUUAUUUCGUUGUUUUCUUUUCCUUUUGUAAACCAACUGGAGUGGGUCCUAUGCUGAGGUCCUCUCAAUACCAGUACAGGUGGGCUGGUCAUAGGUCUAUAGGUGGUGGUCCACUAGGUGGAGGGCUUCCUAAUUUUUUAGUUUAUUUGGCAUGUUUUAUAUUUGUGUUCUAAUUUGUGUCUUUUUUUUUUUUUUUUGCUUUGCAGAGUGUGUGUGUGGGACUUUUCCUUUCUGGAUCUUUUUUAGUAUAUAGAAGAUAUUUUUGUAAUAUAAGCUGUAUUUUUAAACAGACUGUUUAUUUAGCCAAUCUGAAGCUUACUUGUAUAUAAAACUGGACACUAUUCAAAACUAUAAAUUCACCUAUCCGCUCUCCUUUCUUUUGAAAUAAGAACCUUUUAUUAAUUUGUGGUAUUCUCUGGUUGAAAGUCCCAGAGUGGCGUUGUUUCAUUGCGGCCAGGCACAUCAAUUGCCCCGGUCACACUUAUCAGUGAAUAUGCUCUGAUAAAGUGACGUGUAACUGCACAAAAGGAGAUUACGGUCUUUCCAUAGAAAAAAAUGGUGACCAAACAAGUUGACAAAAUGAAUAUAUAGUUCUACAUACAUACAUACAUACAUACAUACAUACAUAGUUUUUUGAUGCCUGGGUAAUCGCAUAUGUUGACAUACUAAAGAGUUUUUUGUUGAUCAUUUUUUGCUAUGUGUGUGUGUUUUCCCAAAACAUAUUUGGAUACAAUAAAGCAGGUUUUGAAAGUUUGACGUGUGUGUGUGUGUCCCCGUCCCCUUCGGGCGGGUGAGCAGUGAUGAGUAUAUUUUUAAAAGUCUUCGUGGCUAAGAUGACGUUGAGCAGUUCUCGGCCGAUGGGAGGUGGAUUUGUGUAAAGGAUUGUUCACAAAGUGGUCACAGAAGCACUGCAGGCAAGUUUCCCUUGACAGUUACUCCCCGAUCAUAAACACACUGUGCAAACCGUGGGGGGUUACAAAUAAUGUAU